AUGUCCAUACGGGGUCCUGGAUACGCGCGGAGCCAGAUGAGAGAUGCUAUGGAGAACUUGGAGAUAACCAUCGACGAGCUUGGCCCAUUCGACGGGGUCCUCGGCUUCAGUCAAGGCGCCUCUCUUGCGCUUGCAUACAUUUAUGACCAGCAAGUCCAUGGCAGGCUCGUACCGUUCAAUUUUGCUAUGUGCUUCUCGCCUGUCCUAGCUUUCUCUCCAGAUGAGCGUUUCGCUGAGGUUAUCAUCAAGCAAGUAUGUGCUCGUCGACUGGACUUUUCAACUAUCACAUCUGCUGUUGACGAUGUGGGCCUUGGAACCCAAGAAGCAGCUUUUAUAGACGUGAUUACUCGGGUCGUCAUGCCAGCAAAGCGGAGCAAAGCCAUGCUACCGGACCAUGACCUGGGUGUCUACACCCACGGAGACGGAAUGGAUGCUCCCAGACUGAUGAUACCGCAGCUGCUCAGCGAGAAAAUCAAUAUCCCAACGGUCUUUUGUCAGGGCAAGCGCGAUUUAGGUUUUAUGCGGGAUAUGUCGGAAAUCACACGGGGCUUGUGUAAUGAGAGGAUAAUGAAGAAGAUGGAGCAUAGCGGUGGCCAUCAGCCACCGCAGAAUGACGCCGAGGUAAGGGCCGCAGUACGAGCGAUGGAAUGGGCGAUUGCGCAGUCGAACAAAAUGGCAAGCGUUCGCUUGUAG